CACUACGGUUGGCUGUUCCAGAAAAAGAACGAGAGAGAGAGAGAGAGAGAGAGAGAGAGAGCGCGCGAGAUGAAAUUCACCGAGUCACCCGUAGUCGAGCUCCGCGUACGCGACUCCCUCCUCUCAAUCCAACAAGACAACAACUCCAUGCACGUCGGCACCUCCGUUUGGCCCUGCUCCCUCCUCCUUGUCAAGUUCGCCGAGCGCUGGUCGGCCCCGCCGCAACCCUCCGACACAACAACAAACCCCUACGCCGCCCUCCUCGACUUCCCAAACAAGCGCGCCGUCGAGAUCGGGGCCGGCUGCGGCGUCGCCGCCAUGGGCCUCCACCUCCUCGGCCUCCACGACGUCGUCCUCACCGACAUCGCCCCCGUCAUGCCAGCCCUCAAGCGCAACCUCAAGCGCAACAAGCCCGUUUUGAAAAAAAACCUAAAGACGGCCCAGCUCUACUGGACCAAGCCCGACCAGAUCCAAGCCCUAGGCCCGCCGUUCGACCUCGUCAUCGCCACCGACGUCGUUUACAUCGAGGAGACCGUGGGCCCGCUGGUGAGUGCCAUGGAGGCGUUGGUCGGGGACGGCGGGGCCGUGCUGCUCGGGUACCAGAUCAGAUCUCCUGAGGCUCAUAGCUUGUUUUGGGAGAUUUGCAGCAGGGUUUUUGAUGUGGAGAAGGUUCCUCGCGAGCAUUUGCAUCCGGAGUAUGCGUAUGAGGAGGCGGAUGUUUACAUAUUGCGAAAGAAAUUGUUGUAACAAAUUAUGUAUCUGAGGAACCUCAUCAAUAUAUGCUUGUGGACAGACAGCUGUGUUCGUAAGUUGGUCCGGACUUCCGAGUUAUCAAAACACAAAUACAGCUGUGUUCGUUCAAUGGAAUGAAUCCAAUCUGCACUUUGAGGUUAAUUAGGAAAAAAUGACUUCUAACAUCUUAGCAAUGACCAAAACACAAACGCUUUCUAAGACCCAUGGACACGAAAGGUUGCUUCAACUAAAGGAAGGAGCUCAUCAAUGUCAAAAACCAUGGACACACAAUCAACAAACUUGAGGCUUUCAAGAACUGGGGCUUCAAUCACAACCCCAUAUUGUUGAAAACUUUUCCAAUUGAUACACAAUCUCUUCAGAGUAGAAGAGCAAACGCAUAAGGUCGUUUUGUUGUCUUUGCCUGACAUAGUCAUGCUCUGUAACCUCAGUUCUUCGAGGGCUGGGCAGCCAGAGAGGAGGUUUUAAAAGAAUUGUCAUCGAGAAAUGUCAACGAAUGAAGAUGGAGCACCUUGAGAACCGAAAGAACACACAACCAGUUAACUUUAAAACCACAAGAUUGACAGAGGUAAAGAGGAUUUGGGGCAAUUCAACCACAGGCUCUAUGUUAAGAUCAAGAACAAUCUCUUGGACUUUUAGCUUGAUUGCAGCAUGAAUCCAUGAGUUAACAGUUAACACGGUAUGGAUUGUAGUACCCAUACCUGCAUUCAAGGCGAAAUCUUUCUAUGUUUUGCAGAUUGUGGAGAAGCAGAACUCUGUCCACAAAAUUCAUGAAGCCGGAACGUGCAUCCUUGCAGUCUCCAAAGGUGCUUGUUAUAACAAUAGAAGUCAAAACUUCGUACAGAAGUCCAAAGAUAUCUCCAUCUGGUUGAUAAUGAGCUGGUUCGGACAGCAUAUUUUGUGGGCAUCAAUGACUAUAUAGUAGCAAGAAGUUGCUCCGGUAGACUGGUAAUCCGAUCAUCUUUUUCGGAAUCUCUAGGUUUGUUAUCGCGGUAGUUUCGAGUUUUCGAAGAUUUGUGCAUCUUUGUAGUCUCUGGUAUGCUGAUGCUAUAACACAAGUGGACGAAACACAAAAACAAAAAUGAAAACAGAGUAAAAAUCAGGUUUAGGAUAUGGAUUUCGUGAACUUAAUCCAUAUGGGUGCAGAACAGUAAAUAAAGGAGGAAGUUCCAAAAUUACA